UCCCUUCAGCUUUAAAACAGCUCUUUGAAGAGGAGGAGAGGGGGGCCGUCCUGUACACCCCCAUCCAGCCCGGACUGUAAGGAGCGUUUAGUGAGCCGACGUGAACCCAGAUCCCAGAUACAGAACAGAGCUGAGGAGCUGACAGAGCGCAGGCAUGAACGACAUCAAGCUGGCCCUGCUGGGGAGCCCGGGGGCCGGGAAAUCAGCUGUCCUCGUGCGGUUCCUGACCAGACGCUUCAUCGGGGAAUAUGCCUCAAAUGCCAAUUCCUUGUACCACAAAAGGCUGUCGAUCGACGGCAGGCAGCUGAAUCUGGAAGUUUUUGACCCCUGCUCUCAGAGCUCUGAGGCCAGGUGUAUCCUGGAGGAGCCGGUGGACUGGGCAGACGGCUUCGUGGUGGUGUACAACAUUAGCGACCGCAGCUCCUUCAUCAACGCCAAGAACAUCCUGCGGCAGAUACGAGAGACGCGCAUGGACAACUGCAAAGGGGAGGUCGAGGUUGCUGUGUGUCUGGUCGGCAACAAACAGGACCUGUGUCACGCCCGGCAGGUCCGAGAAGACGAGGGCCGCUGCCUGGCUCAGGAGAACCACUGCAACUUCCAGGAGGUGUCAGCGGCCGAGAGCUACCAGGACAUCGCCAACCUGUUCACCCAGCUCAUCCGGCAGGUGAUGGAUCACCUCAAGUACAGGGCUGACCGACGGCGCUACAGCGGCUCCAAGUCGAUGGCGAAGCUCAUCAACAAUGUUUUCGGCAAGAGGAGGAAGUCAGUGUGAUUCCAGAGAGAAAGGGACUGUGAUUUAUGUUUGCUUAAGGGACCCUGGCCAAAAGGUUACAAGCUGCCCUGGAAAAGUGAUUUAGCAGACAAAUUAACCCUGCGUUCACUGUGAGCAACAUGAAAGGCCAUUGGAGGGUUAGUAUGGUGUCUGUUAGCGUGACGCUACCACCUAUAUUGGCAAUCACAAGUCAUUUACAAAUCCUUUGUUUGUUGUUAUAUUUUUGCAUUGGAUGUAUUUCUAUGCCACUUUAAAAUGACUAAUGAAAUUGUUCUGAAGCAAAGCAGGUUGUUGGGGUCAGGACAGACAGAAGGACUUGCAAGGUAAUAAACAGGGCGUAAAAAGCAUGAACCGUUACGUUGUACUGAUGAGGAUGAAGUGGGGUUCAACAUACCGUAAGGCUUUAGGGUGUCGCAAGGUUGGGAACAAUUUAAUGAGGGUAAUGCUCAAAAUAUUUCAGUGUCAGAACCAAAUUGCAAUCACCAAGAAGGGCUGAGAGGUGAAGCAAACCGCAGAAGAGCAGAAAACUGCAGUUCUUCAAGUGGCCACUUGGGGCUGGCUCCAAAAGUGAGUCAAUCCCCACUAGGCCCCAUAUUAAUCUGCCCGUUGUUUCAGCAGCAGUAAUCAUUUUUAUAGUCUUUUUUUUUUUUAUCAGCUUAGCAUAUGUUUCUACUUAUAGAUAUGAUACACUUUGUUGUCCUCUUAGGGAAAUUUGUCUUGGACUCACAGUGCUGCCAAACAUUCAGCUGCUUCCACUCGAAUACAUAAAUAAAAACAAUAGAAAUACACAAGCACAUGUAAACAGAAAGGCACAUACCAAUGCAAGACAACUCAACAUAUAUUGCACAUUACCAAUAUUGCAAAAGAUCUGCAUAAACACAGCAUGAGAGAUGCUAACUGUACAGACGCUGACGUUUAACUCACCCUUUUAAUUUAUAUUCAGGCUUAUGUCUGCAUAAUUAAUUGUGUAGUGGGCUCAGCUAGCUGUCUGCAAUGCUUCACCCCAGAUAAUUCAGUCAGAGUGUGUGAAACACACAAAACACACAAAACAACAGUUCCAUUGUUUUGCUUUUUAUUGUACAAACAGUGAAUUCCUAGUAUAUGCUCAUCUGGAGUGUAACUCUAGUCAUAUUUUCUUGAUAUUGUAGCACUUUUUAACAAGCAUUGGUGUUCAUGCUCACCAUCGUUGGCUUGUUAGCUUGUUAAGUAUUUGUUGUGUAUUGAUUAUUUUAAGGCUGUCAGGGGAUAUAAAUCAAUUUUAUUGGUGGCUUUUCUGCUCCUGAUUUCAGGCCCCUGAACUAAAUUGCGUCUACAUUUUAUUGUUGCAGACUUUUUUUUAUCAUCUGCAAAUAUUGUUCUCCAAAGAAUCAAUAUAAUACUACUAGCAUCCACAGCCUUUUAAAUACAUUAAUUUUGGCUGGUUUUGCUUUUUAUUUUUCCACAUGAAACCUGAUAACUAAUAAAAAAAAGGUUUUAAGAGUUUUUAAUAUUGACUUAAAUCUGCUUUGAUUGUCUGUAUUUAUCAUCGCUCAUCAGAGACACCAUCAUAGAAUGAAAUCACACCUUGCAGGAAUUGCAAGUCUCCCAAAAGUGGGGCUCAGGACCCCUUGUGGGAUUGUGAGCCACAAUGUAAAACAUUUUAAAAUAAUUUAAAAUAGUUUAUUUGACCCAUUAUUGUAAAUAUGUGUGUAUCAUUGGUUCAAAUAAACUCUUAUAAGUGAAAUAAAAAUUAAAUAAACAUCUUUCUAAACAUCCACACACCUGUGUGUCUUUUCACUGAGUUCAGUUUGUCUACUUAGUGCUACAGACUUUAAAUUAAAAUGACUUGUAUUCUGCUUCUUACUUUUCUUACAAUAAAUCACAAUA